GGAAAAUAUGCAGUAUCGACUAAAUAUCAAGAUUUGAUAAUAAAUUGUAUUUUAGAGAAGAUAUUGAAAUGCUAGUAGCAAAAUGUAAAAAACGGGUCAAUAUUUUGCGCUGUUAUCAAACUUUAGUUGGGGACCAGAUAGGGAAAGUCUCCUCUGCUUUUACAAGUCCUUUGUGUUGUCUGUAAUUGAGUAUGCUUGUGUUGUAUAUGAAUCGGCUCGUCAAAUGCACCAAAAGAAAUUAGAUAAAAUUCGCGCGAAUGGUAUAUUAGGAUGGUUAUAUUGGAACAUUUCGUGAUUUCUCAAUUUAGCCGCCCCACUUGGGCUUCCAAUUCAUUCCACACCCUUUUGACAGAACUUCUUUCUCUAAUCUUCAGCAGCAGACAACUUCACUAAAAUAUUCUCCUGUUCCAAUUUCUCCAAUUGUUGCUGAAGAUGAAGUUGUGGUUGACAUUCUGAUAUACUUCAAUAUUCUUCUUAACUUCAUUGGUUAGUGGAGUUAAAGUAGUGUCUUUAAUUAGAUAGGUACAUCAAUCAAUGACUGAACUAAUUCCCUUCGCAUCUUUGUCAGGUGCUGUGUAGUUCUGUAAAAACCUUAUUUUCUUUGUCAUUAGGGAAUCUUAAUGGAAUCUCUGUAAAUUUCCAUGCAUUUAUAGUUUUUCUUUGGAGUCAGAUGCAUCAGACGUGCCUGGAGGCCAUCUUCAAAAUGAUGUGCAAGUAUGUUUAAAAUACUAUAUUUUCAACUUUUUUUUAUACCGUUGUCAUAAUUUCCGAUUCUGUCAUUGAGUGUAAGGUUAAAACCUGGUGUCAGGUUAUCUACUAUAGGUAUACCAAGAGCGAUGUGCAUUAUUUUAGAUGCCUUGGCUUCUCCCAUACGAGUAAUUUUUUGCGUGAAUACAAAAUUGUAUAUUUUUUCAGGGGUCAUGAUUGUAAUAAUGGUCCCGGUGCUCAGUAACACAAAGGUUGGAACGUACAUCUUGGCGCUUAGAAAUUAUUUUGAUGUAGUAAAGGUGGGACCUCCGGCAUUGAUCGGCUUUGGCGUUGCCCUAAUUGUUAUUGGUCUUUUGGGACACUACGGUGCUUCUAGUGGAAGCACCAGGUGUUUGGCUUCUUAUAUGUUUCUUUGUGUCGGGCUUAUAGUUUUGGAAAUCAUAGUCGCAACAUAUGUGUUAAUGAAACUACCCAAAAAUUCAGGUGCUAUUUUGAAAGACAUUCAGAAUAAAUUCAAGGAGUUGAUUCAAAGUUAUUAUACUGAUCCUGAAAUAAAACUAGCAAUUGACUUUGUGCAAAGUGAAUUUGAAUGCUGUGGAUCAAUAGACAGAUUCGAUUGGGGAGGGAUUGGUAGUACCCCUGAUAGUUGCACGUGCAGGGGAUGUCUAGUUAGUUACGGCUUCGGUUGUAGCGAAUAUAUAUUCGAUUUGGUUUCGGGGAAAUUGGCAAUGGUUCCGACAAUAGCGUAUGCAGUUCUAGGUUUUCAGGUGGCCGGACUGGUUGUCGCAUAUUUCCUUUUAAUUAUACUUGGUGCGGGAUGAGUUACUGCUUGUUUUAAUAAAGAAAUUUUGCGAUAAUUGUUAAUAUGACCACAACAUCGGUACAUUUAAAAAGGUGGCAGUCAACAGCACAAACAUCUACAAAGGUGAAACAAUUUUAGCUAAAUUUGCUGUAAAAGUUCAAUGAUAACUUUUGUCAUAGUCAACCCAAAUAUCAUUUCAUCACAGAGACCAUUUUUGUCUUCGAAAAUGCUUUUAACCGCGAAAAAUGGGGACUGACUCACUCAAUUCAUUUUUAUAAUAGUCUUGAAAUAAAUUGACUUAUAACAGUUAAAGUAUUAUUUAUCACUCACAUAUACACAAUUUAUAACAGCGC